CAGCCGGCCCCCUGGUGCAGGCGCAGAGGUCGCGGGGAGAAGGAAGCAGCAGCCGCGUCGUGUUCCUCUGAAAGCAGCCUGGAUGUAGCGCAGCCCCUCCGCUCCGGCCGACCUGCGUUUCUACCUUUCAUUAGCACCGUCGCCAUCGCUGCAGAUGUGUCUUCUUCCAAACGCGGAGGAAAUAAUGAGCGAAAACAUCUGGGCGCGGCACACUUCAGAGGAAGCUGCUCGGCUCUGUCGGAGGUCGUUUUUGCCUUUUGUAUUUCCUUGCUGAAUGUCGUGGACAUUUUGGAUUUAGUUUUACUUCUAAGUGCUCCGCGUCGUGAAAGUCGCACACAUCGCGGACCCGGAUUUGUCUGGUCGCUGUUUGCUUCGCACUCUUCCGGUUGUUGUCUUUCAAUUGAGUAGCUCGGAUAUUUAAAACAAAAGUGAGGACAGAAGAAGCUUCGGCUCGUCGGGAGAACUUGAGGAGACGGUGCCUCUUUAAGUGGGCAGCGUUAGCUAGCUGCUAACACUAGCCCCCCCCCCCCCAAAAAAGGACCCGCACUGAAGUAACCACAAAUCUCGCUAAUGUCCACUUGCUUCAGUAUUUCUCUGAUAUUCGCAGCUCGCCCACAGCCCGGACACCAUUAACAGAGACAGCGACUCCACGUUGACCGAGAUAAGCAAAUUGUUGCUUUCAUCUGCCAUCCACUGGCAUCCAGGCGCUUGAGUCCUAAAUGACAAGUGACUGAGGAUGUCCAAGCGGAGCUUGUUUGUUCGUCUGGUGCCCUGCCGCUGCUUGCGGGGUGAAGAGGAGACGGUAACAUCGCUGGACUACUCCCACUGCAGCCUGGAGACUGUUCCUAAGGAGAUCUUUAACUUUGAGAAGACCCUGCAGGAACUCUAUCUCGAUGCCAACCAGAUCGAGGAACUGCCUAAACAACUGUUUAACUGCCAGUUACUACAUCGACUGAGCUUGCCAGAUAAUGACCUUACGGUGAUGCCAGCAGCGAUUGCAAACCUCAUCAAUCUCAGGGAGCUUGAUGUCAGCAAAAACAGUAUCCAGGAGUUUCCAGAAAACAUCAAGAACUGCAAGGUCCUAACCAUUGUAGAAGCCAGUGUGAAUCCCAUAUCAAAGCUCCCAGAUGGCUUCACGCAGCUCCUGAGUCUGACGCAGCUCUACCUGAACGAUGCCUUUUUGGAGUUCCUACCAGCCAGCUUUGGCAGGUUGACAAAAUUACAGAUCUUGGAGCUGAGGGAGAACCAAUUAAAGAUGUUGCCAAAAAGCAUGCAGAAGCUCACGCAGCUUGAGAGGCUGGACCUGGGGAGUAAUGAGUUCACUGAAGUGCCUGAGGUGUUGGAGCAGCUGACUGGAAUCAAGGAACUGUGGAUGGAUGGGAACAGACUGACGUUUUUACCUGGGAUGGUUGGGAUGCUGAAACAGCUGGUCUACCUGGACGUGUCCAAGAACAACCUAGAGAUGGUAGAUGAGCAAAUCUGCGGCUGUGAGAGUCUGCAGGACCUCCUGCUCUCCAACAAUGCCCUCACACAGCUGCCAGGCUCCAUCGGCUCGCUGAAGAAACUGACUGCACUGAAAGUGGAUGAGAACCAGCUGAUGUACCUUCCAGACUCUGUUGGAGGGCUGCACAUUCUGGAGGAGCUGGACUGCAGUUUCAACGAGAUUGAAGCUUUGCCGUCUUCUGUCGGUCAGUGUGUUUGCAUGCGCACCUUUGCAGCAGAUCACAACUUCUUGACCCAGCUUCCCCCUGAGAUGGGCAACUGGAGGAACGCAACCGUGCUGUUUCUACAUUCCAACAAACUGGAGUCAUUGCCUGAGGAGAUGGGAGACAUGCAGAGGCUCAAAGUCAUCAAUCUAAGCAACAACAAGUUGAAGAAUCUUCCUUACAGUUUCACUAAGCUGAACCAGAUGACUGCAAUGUGGCUGUCUGAAAACCAGUCAAAGCCCCUGAUCCCUCUGCAGAAAGAGGAGGAUCCAGAGAUGCACAAAACUGUGCUGACUAACUACAUGUUCCCCCAGCAAACCAGGACAGAGGAGUACCUUCCCAGCUCUGACUCGGAGAGCUUUAAUCCGGCGCUGUGGGAGGAACAACGCAAGCAUCGAGCUCAGGUGGCCUUCGAGUGUGACGAGGACAAAGAUGACAGAGAAGCGCCACCGAGGGAGGGAAACCUGAAGCGCUACCCUACACCAUAUCCAGACGAGCUGAAGAACAUGGUGAAGACGGCCCAGUCGGUGGCUCACAGGCUGAAGGAGGAUGAGUCAGGCGACGAGUCGGGGAAAGAUGGAAAACCAGUAGAGAGGAACCACAUUGGUGUGCAGGACGUGGGUGUCAAGGUGAUAGAGGCCCCCUGCCCCAACGGCGUGGCAACAGACAAAGAGACCUAUAUAUCUUCCAAUAUAUAUGCCCAAAGUCCCUCUGCACCAGAUUCUAAAGACGCUUCAGACACGUCUUACAGCUCCCACAGAGUCCCACUGAAAUCCUCAGAGGGAUCCAUGAUGAACCACGAGGACACACUGGAGGAUUCUGAGGAGCUGUCGGAUGAAGAAGAGGAAAUGAAAAUAGCAGAGAUGAGACCCCCUCUUAUUGAGAUCUCCAUCAACCAGCCUAAAGUAGUGACUUUAAGUAAGGACAAAAAAGAUGAUGGGAAAGAUGCAGACUCGUUGCUGGAUGACACUGUGGCCAACAGCAACCAGAACAAUAGUAACUGUUCAUCCCCAUCACGCAUGUCCGACUCAGUGUCUCUGACCACGGACAGCAGCCAGGACAACUCUCUGUGUACCCCUGAGAGAGAGGCAAAGAUGCCUUUCCUCCCAAAAAGCCGGCAAGAAGAUGAGAACAUGAACCAGCCUAAAGACACCACCCCUCUCCUCCAUAAUGGUAAUGGCUCUGAAACGUCCCUUCAGGCCCUUUUGAAAACCCAGCAGAUGCCACCAGAAAAAAUGGGUGACUACGACCUGUCAAUGGAAGCCAGAAUGGCCUUCAUUGAGAAGGGAAUCAACAAUGGCAUGGAAGACACCUACACCAAGUGGGACCAGAUCAAUAUGAACAUUUCCAAGCUCCCAACUGACAACAUGGUUCAGCUGGACGGGGUGGACAAGACCAAGAAUGGUUCUGUAACCCGGGAGGAGUUGGGCGGAAGGCAGACUUUCAGCAAUGACAACUUGGAGCAUUUGCGAAAUGGAAACCAGCAGGUCAGUGACUGCUUCAGCAGUCUGGGCCACAAAAGUCAAGCAGUGAGAGCUGAGCCAUCUGCCGUGCAUGUGGCCUCGACAGGCGUGACAGCCAGCAGUGACAUGUCUCUGUCUCGCAGCACAGAGGAGCUGUCUCCAGACAAAAGGUGCCAUCCCCCACAGGUGAUGAAGUCCCACAGUGUCUGUAACAUGGAAACGGGGGGCAUGAGGCUGUUCUCCUUUGAAGGGGAUGAUGAAGCAUAUGAGGCAGCAGCAAUGAGCUGGAUGGCAGGAGCCGGGCCAGGAGCUCAGGGCCAAAGCAUUGUCAGGAGCAAGUCAGCCAGUCAGUUACUCAAUGACCAGAGUCUUCAGGUCUACCCCAACUCCUCUGCAUCUUCCUCAGACCUGCUCUCCUGCUCCAAGCCUCCUGCCAGCAACAGCAGAUACCCAGUCUCCUCCAGCAUGGCCAUGGGCAUCGCUCCUCCUCAGUACAAUAUUCAGUACACAAGCAGUGCCAUACCGAAAGAGAGCAUGUGGACCCAGAGGACGCCCAUGCCCCCCCCAGAGCACCAGGGCUACCUCCCUCCUCCUCCACACUCACUAGCCAACACCAACUACUCCAACCGUAAUCAGGCACCUCCCUUCCCUCUAUCGCAACAGCAAAGGGGGCCUCCCAUGGCUCCUAAACCCUCUGGGGACAUGUGGGCUAUGGAGAGACUUCAUUCUACUGGCGGCCAGCCUCGCAGCAGCACUCUGCAGAGGCAAAGUAGCACCGCCUCCACAGCUUCAAUAGGUGACCCAAGGCGCAUGCAGUUGCCCGAUGGGGAAUAUAUGACUUACAGGGACAUUCAUACCCUCGCCAGGGGCCCACUGGCAAUGAGCCAGGCCGCGCAGAGGCCCCUGUCAGCUCGCACUUACAGUAUCGACGUACCCGGAGUUUCCAGGCCUCUCAUUGCGAGACCACAGCCCCACGAGCUUCCAGAGAGGACCAUGUCCGUCUGUGAUUUCAACUACCAGCACAGCAGCCCCAGCAAAAGGCCCAACACCAGGGUGAAGUCUGAGUACUCGCUCCUGGACGGGCCUGGAGCGGUGUCAGGAGGAGUGGGAGCAGCAAGAGUGCCGCAAGACUGGAGAGAUCAGGUGAUGCGUCACAUCGAGGCCAAGAAAAUUGAAAAGAAUGCGCUGUCUCGCUCCUAUAAUUCCAAUAACGCUCCGCUGAGCUGGUCUCACUACGGCAGCUGUAGGGAUAUGCAUGCCAGCCAAGGGUCUCUGGUCUUUAGUCCCAGAGAGGGUCAGCCGUACGGAGCUCUGGGCUUCAGUGAUGAUGUGUAUAGUCCACAAGGGCAGCAGAGCUACACCUUGGACCCCCACAGAAAAGUGCCUUUGUUGAAUGGUCAGAUGGGACCCUCUGGUCGUCCUCAGAUGAACCAGAUGAACCAGAUGCCCAUGGCUCGCCACCCUUCCAGAGAACAGCUCAUUGAUUACCUGAUGCUCAAAGUCUCCCAGCCACAAGCACCACCCCGGGGCCCGCAAGAAGCAAUGCAGCAAGAGUUCCGCGUGAAAGUGGAGAAGAAUCCAGAGCUGGGCUUCAGCAUAUCAGGAGGAGUGGGAGGACGAGGAAACCCCUUUCAUCCUGAUGACUAUGGCAUAUAUGUGACAAGGGUCCAGCCUGAGGGACCGGCAGCCAAGAUUCUUCAGCCUGGAGAUAAAAUUAUCCAGGCAAAUGGCUACAGCUUUGUGAAUAUCGAUCACGGGAACGCAGUGUCCCUGCUAAAGACUUUUCCAUGCACUGUGGAUAUGAUUAUCUUCAGAGAAAUGCAAGCAUAGACUCAACCGAGACUGAACUGUGGAGUGUGCGCGGGGGAUGUGAGGAAAGAAGAAGAAGAGACGUUUAUGUCGUCUCUCAUAUUUUUUUAUACACAGAAGAGUCUGAUGUGUCGAUUUCUGUCAGGACUAUUCCUACUCGAGAUCUUCACAGCCUUGAUUCAAACUGGGAAAACCACUGAAUGUAGUGGAACCAUGUGAGGGGGCAGCAAACAUCUGCAAGUACGAGUCCUCAAACGGCCAUCACUGUGGUAUAUAUAUUUUUAUACAAAAGAAGCUGAAGAUGCUCUGAUGCAAAUAAUUACUGUGGUCUCUGUACAGGUCAUUUUUUUUCUUUUUUUCUUAGUCCAAAACUCUUUAAAAUCCUUUAUCAUUAUUUGGGUUAUAUUUCUGCGCAUGGACAUGAAUUGACCACUAGGAGGGCAUCCACUCUCCUGUCAUCCACUUCGCCUUUUUUUUUUUACACUUUUAUUUAAGAUGUUGAAACCUUUUUGAGGGGGGAUCUGCCACGCGGUUUAUAUGGAGGACAGUGGUAUGUGCUUUUCAUGUGGAGACGAAUGUAGAUCAAGGUGAUGAUUUGAUUUUUUUUUUUUUUUUUUUUUUGGGAGAUUUUUUUUGUUGCUUUUUGUCUCUGUCUUUCAAGAUCAAGGAGUUGAGGAGAGGAAAAGAUUAUCCGCCUCUGCUUCCGUAAACCUGUGAACACGCUCCAGGUCACAUACACCUGUCCUCAGUUCAGCUCAAAUAUCCUCACAGGAACUCAGCCGCUCAGCUCAUCGCCUGACGUGACCACGACCUGUGCCGUUUGAGACAAACAUAUCAAAGGAAACUCUGGAUGUGAUAAUUUAGUGGGAUAGGACUGAGAAAUGGAAUGGAAGGCUCCUUGAAUCUAUAAAUUGUAUCUAAUUUGUUAUUAUGUGCUUGUUAAGUGUAAAUACGAUGCAUGGCACAUUUUACAGGAGGUUAUGUACGAACUAUUUCUCGGCUCAGCUUCUGCUUUACUGGCGGUGGCUCAGAGUCAGGAUAUCGUCUAUAACCCUGUAUAAAAUGACACCAUAUCAGAUUUACACACAAUCAUGAGAUACUCCAUGUCCGUUAGUGAACUGAGAAGGCAGAUUUCUUUGGUUAGAGCUGGACUAACUGCCCCCGUCUCCAGUUAUCACUUCUAAGAGAAGCCAACAAGCUGCUAGCUGGAUCCUUGCUUAACAGACAGAUAUAGGAACGGUAUCAGUCUUCACGUCUCAUCUCUCCGCCAAAAAGCGAAAACGCUUAUUCCCCACCACGUAAAUCUAAAGCAGAGGAAGCUGUGGGUGGUUCUCGUUAACCAAAGCAAGUUUGCUGUGGACAGAAGGCGAAAGCAGGAGAUGACUAAAGAGAGCUACUGGAAUACGAACAUUUUUAAAGUUUUAUUUUCAAGGGCUUCAUCUUCCAGGCAGCCGCUGUUGAGAUGUGCGUUUGUUUUACAAGGGUUUCAGCAUCUGGCAGUAUCUUUUUCAUUUUUCAUUUUCUUUACAUAGGAGAAGACCACAGUUUGCCUUUUGUGUCUAUACAAAUGUUUUAAUCCUAAUUUUUACUCAUACCUUUGGAGCGAUGUCUUUUUUUUCUUCUUCUUCUUUGCUGUACAGAGAAUAGAGUUGGGAGAAACAAGUUGUCAAGUGCCAUAGACCUUGAGCUGUUUGAAUAGGGGAGGACCUCUGACCCCAGAACUCGAGCAAUAGUCACAUGUCCACAAACUUCUGAGUUCAUCUGCAUAACGGCUAAAAAAGCAAUACUUUAAAGCCUUUAUUUUCAUUCAGAAAAACCAACAUCACAUAGCUUUUUUUUUUUUUAAACACAACCUUUUACUAGUCCCUGAUGGUUUUACAUGGUUUUUAUAUCGUGAAAUGUCUUCUUUUUUUGUAAUGAAGCAGCACAGGACAUGUGUAUGAUAGUGCUUGAAAAAAAAAUCGAAUCUCUGCGUUGUAUACAAGUGAACGUUUGUGUCACUUUACCCGAUGCUUUUUAAUGUUGGACACUUCGAAUACCGCGGCUUCCGGUGUUCAUCUGUGCAAAGAAAACAACAUCCGCCGUUGAAAACCAUCUGACUGUCAACAAACUGUGUCAGAAGGAAAAACAUCAAAUGUUCCAUGUACCUGUCAGUUGCAUGAAAUCAGCAGUUAGUGGUAAAUGAUUACUCAGUGAGACGUGUUUCCAGAAAACAAGUGGAAAUGAUCCAAUUCACACACCGUGCAAAGAGUCCAUUCAAUCCAGCAGUACAUUUGUGACCACUGAAUAGUUUGUACAGUAUAUGAUAGAAAUUUUACUUUUUAUCCUUUUAAUGAUUUGUCGUCCUGUUUGAAAGUGAAGCUGUGCCCUCAAUUUAUUAACAAAAUCUUAAACUGGUCAAAUUUAUUUGCUGGAAAGCAACGAAGUAAUGUGCAGUUCCCCACAAACAAAUGUUCACAAAACAUCUUAUAUUUUACACAGAUUUACUGUUUCUUAUUUGUUCUAAUUUUGUUGGUAACUUUCUUAGAGUAGAGGGGGAAAAUUGGGGGGUAAUGGUCACUUUAUAUUCACGGCAAAAACGUACAGUCUGACAUUGUAGACAAUCUACGGAGAUCAAACAUUUUCGUCAUCCAUGUUGGUCUGUUUCUUACGAUCCCGUAUUUGUUCUUAUUUAUUUAGAAGUCUUCUAUGGACUUUAGACCUUAUUAAUCAAAUUGUAAAUACUCUAAAAAAUUUGACAAAAGAGUUAUUAAUGGCAUUAGUGACUUGCGAUUGUAAAACCAGCAAUAAAUUGCAAUGCAGAGGCACCUGUUUUAAUGUAUAGCUAGUAUUUCUAAGGUUUCUGUUGAAACCGUCACAGUGAGAGGAUUGAUAUGCAUUUAUCCAACAUUCCAGAUUUUGUACAUAAUUAACUGUUUCUGAAGUAACCUGCGGAAAAUAAACUAAUGCUCUUUACCAACAA